AUGGGAAAGAUCGUUUUCUAUGAAGGCCGUAAUUUCCAGGGCCGGUCUUAUGAGUGCGCUGGAGACUGUGCCGACACCUUCAGGCACUUCAGCUGCUGUAACUCCAUCCGAGUGAUGGGAGGUCACUGGGUGGCCUACGAGAAGCCCAACUACAUGGGAUACCAGUACAUCCUGAGCCGCGGGGAGUACCCAGACUACCACUGCUGGAUGGGCUUCAACAACUGCAUCAGAUCUUGUCAGAUGUUCCCCCCAUACAGAGGAUCCUACAGAAUGAGGAUCUACAACAGACCUGAUAUGGCAGGCCACAUGAUGGAGUUCACAGACGACUGCCCCAACGUCUACGACCGUUUCCGCUACCGCGACAUCUUCUCCUGCCACAUCAUGGAAGGUUACUGGAUCUUCUACGAGCACCCAAACUACAGGGGUCGUCAGUUCUUCUUGAGGCCAGGGGAGUACCGAGCCUGUGGAGAGUGGGGAUGCUUUAACCCCAUGAUUGGAUCCUUCAGACGAAUGAGGUCUAUGGUUAUGUAA